AAGCAAUGUCCAUUGCAACGUCAUCAGAACGUGUGUUUAUAAGGUUCAUAAUACUUUUUUUUGUACUCUCAUUACGUACAACACAAACCCGCGGUUGUCGGCUUGUACGCGAAUUACUUGGAUCCUGAAUCGCUUUGGCACAGAUUGACAUCUGGUGAUGAAAAGUUGAUCAUGUACGACAAGAACGGACGAAAAAGGUUGAGGUCAAAGGUCAGUCAGGCUUCACAGACUGUGGCAAAAUCUAGGUUGACUCGCAAUAAAGUGAUUUUAUGUGUAUGGUGGGAUUGGAAGGCCAUUGUUUACUGGAAACUUUUACCGCCGGGCAGAAGCAUUGAUUCGCAUCUCUAUUGCCAACAACUAAUGAGAUUAAAGCAAAAAGUUGAGAAAAAGCGAUGGGAAUUGAUCAAUUGAAAAGGUGUGGUCUUUUAUGACGAUAACGCUAGUCCACACACAUCUUUAAACACUCAGCAAUAAUUAAGAGAGUUUGGCUGCGAGGCGUUAAUGCAUCCAUCACAUAGCACUGACCUUGCACCUUCAAAAUUCUUUGGGCAGUGUCAGGUUAACAUUAAGAGAGGAUUGCCAAGACUACUUGUCGCGUUUUUUGAUCAGAAGUCUCCAAAUUUCUACAGCAAUAGGAUCAUGGCACUUCCUAAAGGAUGGCAGAAAGUCGUCGAUCAAAAUGACACAUAUACACUUAAAGGUAUAUACUUAAUUAAAUGUCAACAAACUUAGAAAAAAGAAGUCUUGAGUUUUCAUAUAAAAUGUGAAGGAACUUUUUCCUCAACCUAAUAUAAUAGUAGACCGUCUAAUUUACGUCGACUUAUAAAUGAAUGAUCGUCUAUUGUAUACCGUUAUUAAUUUUGGUGCAACACACAAUAAAAUUCAGGUACCCCACUUGAUUGAAACUGUAAAGGGUGAACACUCGUACUGUGUAUAAGUGACGUGAUUUUGGUGGAGUUUUAAGCCAUCGUUGCGUGCGCGAAGUGUAUUUAUAGCGCAAUCGGCAGAGGCGCGCGCGCCCCGCUCGAUGCUGAUUUGUCACGGUACCUAACACGUAUAAUGCUUGACCUUCGAAAUCCAUAUAUGGCUGCCAACCCAGACCCUUAUUAUACAAAAGGGAGAAAUUUAAAUACAGUCUACAAUCGUCCGGAUCAUUGCCGCGUCUCAUGUGCCGGGUUUUGCAAAUCAGCCGGGUCAUAUAGGAUUAACAUUCAUCCCAAUAAUUCGUGGAUUUUUCUUCCUAUUCCUUUUUUGGAGACCUUCCGACGUGCCUCCAAUACGCUUAUAUGUCAUAUCACAACACAAUGAUUAUAAUAUAUUAUGGCCAUCUCUUUUAAAAUGCUCAAAAAGAUAAUUGAAUAUACACAGACGCCGAAAAUCUACGAUUUAAUUAUCUAGGUAUGUUGAUAGAUUACAACACAAAUGUAAUUUUCAAGUAAUGAUAACCUAUUGUCUUCUGAAAUGAAUAUAAAAGAGCUGAGCGUGUAGUACUUUCGGUGUCAGUCCACGCUCGGAGGAUUCUGGAGGAUCAUCACAAUGCUACGUUUAACGCUUCUACUGACGCUCGCGGCACUCGCGUGCCACGCUGCUCCUAGAUCUGAUGACGAAGCUGUUGAACAUUUAUACAGAAGUGUGAUCAUCUCCGACUACGAGACCGCUCUGUCACAGAGUAAAGAACUCGAGAAAGCGCGGAGAGGCAAUGUCAUCUCUAAACUUGUUGAUAAACUGAUCGCACAGAAACCGCACAAGUCUAUGUAUUACGCGUACUACCUGUGGAAUCACAACGCUCAAGACAUCGUCAAGAAUUCUUUCCCGAUCCAAUUCAAGAUGAUCUUCGGCCAGCAUACCACCAAAAUUAUAAACAAGAAAUUCGGCAUGGAGCUCAAAAUAGGACUUAGCACUGAUUCAUACGGCGAAAGGAACGUGUAUGGCGUCAGCACUGACAAUGACAUUGGGAAGAGGGCAAGCUGGGAGUUCACGUCACCCGAGGCAGCAGACCACAAGGUCUACUUUAAAAUCUACAACCCUCACGACAACCAAUAUAUGAAAACCACAAUUUUUUAUGAUACUUACAAAGACCACCUGAUUAACACUUCUACAAAUUCUGACACUUUUAGACACCAGUGGUACCUUCAACCAGUGGUGGUCAAUAAGGAGCUCUUGUUCUACAUUAUCAACCGAGAGUACGAUGAGCUCUUGAAGCUGUCCCAAUCCCCGGACUCGGAUGGCGACCGAGAGGCUUUUACGCACGGCGAAGAUGCGUCUGGUGAUCCUGAACGCUUCGGAUGGAAGAUCGAACGUUACUAAGCAAUUGUAGUAAUGAUUUUGGAGACAUUUUUACUGGAAUAAACGUGUGAUUUAAGCAUUA